CAGAAGGCGCCUAGGCGGGGCGGUGGCAGCCGGGGUGAGGUCCGAGAGGGAGGCCGAGCCCUGCGGGGAUCCAGACCCGGGUGCCACCUCCCGAAGGCCGCGAGGAGCGACGCCGAAGCCAGGUGAAAAUGAGUUCUUCAGUGAGAAGAAAAGGCAAACCAGGCAAAGGAGGUGGGAAAGGAUCUUCUAGAGGAGGAAGAGGAGGCAGAAGUCACUCUAAUAAACCCCAUGGAGGUGGAGGUGGCAGUGGUGGUGGUGGUGGCAGUGGUGGCAGCAAUCGAAAGGCGUCAAGUAGAAUUUGGGAUGAUGGAGAUGACUUUUGUGUCUUCACUGAAUCAAGGCGCUCAUCCAGGCCCAGCAGCAGCAAUGCAAGCAAAGGAGAGGUGCGCCCUAAAUGGAAGCCCAAGGCCAAAGUGCCCCUUCAGACUCUGCAUAUGACCUCGGAGAAUCAAGAGAAAGUCAAAGCUCUUCUGAGAGACCUACAAGAGCAAGAUGCAGAUGCUGGAUCUGAGAGAGGCAUUUCUGGGGAGGAGGAAGAUGAUGAACCUGAUUGUGCUGAUAGUGAGCAGUACUGGCCAGCUGGACAAGAACCUGCCCUUGUUCCCGACUCUGACCCUUGGGAGUAUACUGGCUCAGGCACAGUGGAGCCUCCUAUUCCAGAAUUUACAGUCUCACCAUUUGCAGUGCAAAAGCUUUCCAGGUAUGGUUUCGACACUGAACGCUGUCAGUUGGCCUUGAGGAUUUGUGAUGGGGAUUUGGGGGCAGCACUAGAGCAUCUUCUCCGCCAGUGUUUUUCAGAGGCAUUUGGAGAGAGGAUGAGGAUGUCCGAGGCAGCUGGCCGGAUAAGCUUACCUGAGUGUGUAGAACAGAGACAGGAAGAGGCGCUUGCUCUCAAGUCCAUCUGUGGAGAAAAAUUUAUAGAAAGAAUUCAGAACAGAGUCUGGACCAUUGGAUUGGAAUUGGAGUACUUGACAAAUAAAUUCUGCAAAUCCAAGCAAAAGGAAAGUACCAAAACUGUACAGGACACUUCACCUGAAACCUGCAAAUUUUACCUCAAAGGAAAUUGUAAAUUUGGAUCGAGAUGUAAAUUCAAACAUGAAGUGCCCCCAAAUCAAAUUGUUGGAAGAGCAGAAAGAAUUGUAGAUGAAUCUCAUCUGAAUGUUGAUGAUGAUGCAUCUUUUUUAUAUGAGCUUGAAAUUCGAUUUUCCAAAGACCACAAAUACCCCUAUCAAGCUCCUCUUGUGGCAUUUUAUUCCACCAAUGAGAAUCUACCUCUGGCUUGUCGUUUACAUAUUUCUGAGUUCCUUUAUGGCAAAGCCUUGACAUUUGCAAAAACUUCAGAACCUGUUGUUUAUUCUUUGAUAACCCUUUUAGAGGAAGAGUCGGAAAUUGUCAAGUUACUCUCAAACACCCAUCACAAGUACAGCGUCCCUCCUGUGAGCUGCCUUCCAGGCCCCUCUGGCACGAGGCUGAGUAAUCCUGCCUGCCGCAAACCAGGGAUUCCAAAUAAUGCUUUUUUUCAUAAUCAAAUUCCAGAAGUUGAAAACUUAUCAGAACCUGAGGAAGAUGCAGAUGAGGAUGAAGGUCCUACACCAGUUAUAGUGGAGAAUGAGAGCCAUGUGAACCUCAAGAAAAAGAUUUACAAAAGAUAUGACUGGCAGGCAAAGUCAGCACAUGCUGAAAACAGUAAGAUCUGCAAGCAGUUCCGAAUAAAACAGGCUUCCAGACAGUUCCACUCAAUUCUGCAAGAAAGACAAUCAUUACCUGCUUGGGAAGAAAGAGAAAACAUUCUUAAAUUGUUGAGCAAGCACCAAGUGGUUGUCAUAAGUGGUAUGACUGGAUGUGGGAAAACCACACAGAUUCCACAGUUUAUUUUGGAUGAUUCUCUGAACGGGCCACCCCAGAAGGUGGCAAACAUCAUUUGUACUCAACCCCGACGAAUCUCUGCAAUCUCUGUUGCUGAACGUGUUGCUAAAGAAAGAGCAGAGAGGGUGGGUCUGACUGUGGGGUACCAGAUCCGGCUGGAAAGUGUCAAGUCCUCAGCCACCAGACUGUUAUACUGCACCACAGGCGUAGUCCUGAGAAGGCUAGAAGGAGAUGCAACUUUACAAGGAGUCACCCACAUCAUUGUGGACGAAGUUCAUGAAAGGACAGAAGAAAGUGACUUCUUACUGCUAGUUUUGAAGGACAUUGUGCAGCAGAGACCAACUCUUCAAGUCAUCCUAAUGAGUGCAACCUUAGAUGCUGAGCUGUUCUCAGAAUAUUUCAAUUCCUGCCCAGUUAUUACCAUACCAGGUCGUACGUUUCCUGUUGAUCAGUUUUUUUUGGAAGAUGCAAUUGCUGUGACAAGAUAUGUGUUACAGGAUGGGAGCCCAUAUAUGCGCUCUAUGAAACAGAUUGCAAAGGAAAAGCUUAAAGCAAGACGCAACAGAACUGCAUUUGAAGAAGUGGAGGAAGAUCUGAGGCUGUCCCUUCAUGUCCAGGACCAGGAUUCUGUCAAAGAUGCUGUGCCAGAUCAACAGUUAGAUUUUAAGCAGCUCCUGGCCCGAUAUAAAGGGGUAAGCAAAUCGGUCAUCAAGACAAUGUCUGUCAUGGAUUUUGAAAAGGUUAACCUCGAGUUAAUAGAGGCCUUAUUAGAGUGGAUCGUAGAUGGCAAGCACUCCUACCCUCCAGGUGCCAUACUUGUAUUUUUACCAGGACUAGCAGAAAUCAAAAUGCUUUAUGAGCAGCUGCAGUCUAACUCUCUUUUCAACAAUAGACGUAGUAAUCGAUGUGUCAUUCACCCACUUCACUCAUCCUUAUCCAGCGAAGAGCAGCAGGCUGUAUUUGUAAAACCUCCAAUAGGUAUAACUAAGAUUAUCAUUUCCACCAACAUUGCUGAGACGUCCAUAACCAUUGAUGAUGUUGUUUAUGUCAUCGAUUCUGGGAAGAUGAAAGAAAAGAGAUAUGAUGCCAGCAAAGGGAUGGAAAGUCUAGAGGAUACAUUUGUAUCUCAAGCCAAUGCUCUGCAGAGAAAAGGCCGAGCAGGCCGUGUUGCAUCUGGAGUCUGCUUCCAUUUAUUCACCAGCCACCACUACAGUCAUCAGCUUUUAAAGCAGCAGCUACCAGAAAUACAAAGAGUGCCAUUGGAACAGCUGUGUCUAAGAAUUAAAAUUUUAGAAAUGUUUAACGCUCAUAAUCUCCAAUCUGUGUUCUCUCGGCUCAUUGAACCGCCACAUAUUGAUUCUCUUCGUGCCUCAAAAAUACGGUUGCGAGACUUGGGAGCCUUAACUCCAGAUGAAAAAUUGACCCCUCUAGGCUAUCACCUGGCCUCUCUGCCUGUGGAUGUGAGAAUCGGCAAACUGAUGCUCUUUGGGUCUAUCUUCCGCUGCCUGGAUCCUGCUCUCACCAUUGCAGCCUGCUUGGCCUUUAAGUCUCCUUUUGUUUCUCCCUGGGACAAAAAAGAAGAGGCUAAUCAGAAAAAGCAGGAAUUUGCAUUCGCAAACAGUGAUUAUCUGGCCCUUCUACGAGCAUACAAGGGCUGGCAGCUGAGUACAAAAGAAGGUGCGCGUGCAAGUUACAAUUACUGCAGACAAAACUUCUUGUCGGGAAGAGCUCUGCAGGAAAUGGCCAGCCUCAAACGGCAGUUCACUGAGCUGUUGUCAGAUAUAGGGUUUGUAAAGGAGGGACUCAGAGCAAGGGAAAUUGAAAAAAGGGCCCAAGGAGGAGAUGGUGUCCUGGAUGCCACAGGAGAAGAGGCAAAUACAAAUGCUGAGAACCCCAAGCUAAUAUCAGCCAUGCUGUGUGCUGCUCUGUAUCCAAAUGUUGUGCAGGUGAAGGCUCCAGAAGGAAAAUUUCAGAAGACCAGCACUGGAGCUGUCAAAAUGCAACCGAAGUCAGCUGAGUUGAAGUUUGUUACCAAGAAUGACGGAUAUGUCCACAUUCACCCUUCCUCGGUGAACUAUCAGGUUAGACACUUUGACAGCCCCUACCUGUUGUACCAUGAGAAGAUCAAAACCAGCCGAGUGUUCAUCCGGGACUGCAGCAUGGUGUCUGUGUACCCCCUGGUCUUAUUUGGAGGAGGCCAAGUGAGUGUGCAGCUUCAGAAGGGAGAGUUUGUUGUCUCUCUGGAUGAUGGCUGGAUCCGGUUUGUAGCUGCUUCCCACCAGGUGGCUGAACUGGUAAAGGAGCUUCGCUGUGAACUAGACCAGCUCCUCCAGGACAAAAUUAAAAACCCGACCAUCGACCUGUGUACCUGUCCUCGAGGUUCCCGGAUCAUCAGCACAAUUGUGAAACUUGUCACCACACAAUAAAGACUGUCCUAGAAGAGUGCUUGCUCCUCAUCCACCUCUUGGUCCCCUGGAAGCCUGGACAUCACAGCAGCACUUCUACCUCGGACUAAAGACCUGGGGCUGGCCCUAGGGGGUGGGGGUUGCAGGGCCUAAGGGCUGAGCCAGCUGAAGAGACAUUAUCACACUUGGCAUUUCAGAGAAAGUAGGGACACUCCCAGCACAAUUUGGAGUGUCAGUGGUGGGAUAAUAUAAAACCCAGCUUGCCUCUUUUUGCCUGUGACUGUUCUAAACUGAAUGAAAUUCACCUAAUAACAUAAAAGUGAAUGUUUAAUACAACUCUGUUUUAAUCUAUGUAUUAUUUUUUCCUCCUGCUUUUUAUUAUGCAUUGUCUAUAUAUAAUUGACAUACUCUUUUCUCCUGGUUUUUAUUGGGCAUGAGGAGAAAUAGUUGUUUGGUUUUAUUUUGGGGUUUUUCCCCCAUCAUAAUAAAAGCUUAACUGAGAGAACUCAGAUAAGAGAAGAAAUCAUGUGAGCAAGAAAAAUAAAAAUUUCAUUUUAGACUAUUGA